CUGAGCCGCGUGCGCAGGGAGUUUGAGUUCAACAUCUCGGCUGUGCACCAGUUUGACGUCAGCCUCAACUCCACCAAGAGCCUGGCCCAGGUGGCCCUGGACAUCAUGGAGGCCGUUGGCCUGCGGCUGCAGCCAGCCCGCGAGGUGCUGGGCCUCUUCGCACACGUCUCCUCCUGCAUCCUCCUCUACCUGUACCUGCAGGCCCUGCUGUAUCGCAGACGGUACCUGCACGACGACGACUUUGACAACAUCUACAUCACGGGGCGCUUCCUGGCCAUGGACGUGCUGCGGGCGCGGCAGGGCAGGCCCACGGUGCUGCCCCUCUCCAUGCGGGAGAGCACCAAGUACAUCUGCCCAGGCUCCCCGUUCCUGUCACGCCGGGAGCGCUUCGGUUACAGCUUGGCCCUGGCCGGCGUCCUACGCCACGUGCUCCUCGGCCUCACCCUCAUCCUCCUCGACUACGGGGUCUUCUGGCUGUUCGACUUGGUCCGCUACCAGCUGCAUGGCGAGAUCGUCGCCAGGGCCCCCGUAGCGAUGAGCGUCAGUGUGAAUGGGACGGGCUACACGGGCGAGAUCUACCGUGACCUGGUCUCGGCGUUCGACUCCCUGCAGCGCGGCAAUGUCAGCGUCCUGUCCCGCCGGUGCCGCCUGCGCCCUGCUGAGCCGGACUACCGCACCUACCUGCUCAUCGGACUCAUGUACGGCGUGUGCUUCUUCAUCGCUAUCUUCGGCAGCUACGUGGGGCGCUUGCGCAGGGUCAUCUGCGCCUCGUAUUACCCCUCCCGUGAGCAG